UGAUAAGGGGACGCCGAACCUAUUAUAUACCCAUCCAGCAAGUCUCCAAGACGAGUUACUUGAAGUAGAUAUAUCUCCGUUCAGCUGGUUCUCAGAUUCGACAAAACUCGAAAUGCGGUUGCACUAACAUCUUCCAAUCAGGAAGCCGGAUAUGCAGGUGAUCUAUGCCGUCGACGAAUCAUCGCCGGAUACCCAACUUUGGUGAGCGACACAUCAAACCGAUCGGGAAAUGAUCAUUGGCGCAGAUCUGGAUUCAUGCGAGAAAACAAAUGCUCCGAGAGCUGGAGAUCCUUCGAGUCGCCGGCCAUGGGAGCACACGUGGAGAUUUGGUCGGUCCGGAUGCUGUGGCUGCACAGCUCUUUGGUCAGGAGAUUUUGGCACCUGCGUAAAGAAGGCGAUGGAGAUAGAACCCCUGACUAUAUAUUCCCAAUACUUUAUAAUGGAAGCGGCUGCACUUUGAAGCUGUACUGUCUGGCUUUCCUGGUGUAUAUCGGAGUUCCGCUUCAGUCAAUACUCUUCUCAAAAUGCUGGCACUAUUUAUUCUGACUGCUUUGGGGGCAUUAACCAGCACAGUGACGGCAGAUACACCCAUUGAUAAUUCAGUGUUUGUCAACGACCCUGUGACAGCUGUCAAAGCUGCAGCGCCAUUAUGGCACUUCGACACCAAAACCUGCUUCCCCACAGUAGCAGUACAGCCAGAUGGCACCAAAACAAAGAAUCUCACAGAAGACGCAUGUAUGAUUCUGGGCCCACUAAAUCAAGGCUGUCCCGCCCAAGCGAAACAGACACAGCAGGCUCAGCUCUCGACUUCCUUUCCGACAUAUUACACCAUUAGGAAGUGCGACAAAGAUGCGUCGUGGAGAGUGGUGUAUGAUGUGUUCUUCCAGAAAGAUACGGGACACCCAUAUGAUUGGGAGUGGGCAGCUGUGAAAUUCGUGCAAAAUGCACAAGGACAGUAUGUCAGAGAUGGCAUCUGGCUCGAGCAAGAUGGAAAUCACCCGUACAUCACUUGGGGAAAUAUACCAAACACCUUCGACGGCGAUACCGACAAAUUCCAAAACAACAACAAGAACCGCGAUCAUCCCAAAGCCUACUUCGGCAAGUGGAAACACAACGUGGAUGUCGUUUUCAAUGACAAAUUCGCCAAUGACUGUCUUGGUGCAAUCGUGAAUAAGAAGGAUUACCAUAGUGAUGAUUAUCAAUACUAUGCUGCUGAUAAUCUGAUCACGGGUUUGGCUGUUCCUAGUAAGUUUCUCCCAAUCAUUGAAAUGUGGGACUGAAGCGAAGAUAUGGAAACAAGAGGGCUGAUAUGCGGCGUAGCGAGUUAUACGUAUGGAAAUGCGGAUUCUACGCCCCAGGCUUUUGAGGCUGGUGGGAAGUAUGAUAUUUGUGGGAGUGGAUUUGCUUAGACCGAGAUCAGAAUCAAUAUUUUGUUUCAUAUUUACCCUUUCUUGGAUACGAGCAUCUUCUAUUCUCCGGGUCGUUUUAAGCGAGAGCUUCUCGUGCUUCAUCAUAUG